UUGUGCAAAAUAACAUCUUCGGGGGAAAAAACAACAGCUAUGCAUCUGUUUUUGUCUGCCACAAAUGUGUACCGGUGCAUUUUGAAGCCUGGAUAACGACAAACAAACAGAAAAUAAUCCAUGCGUAAAAACGCGCGCUUCACUUUGCUGCGUCCAUCCGGAGAUCUCGGUGUGGAUUUAGUCCAAUUUAGAGCAACGAUUUGUUUUCACUCGGCCGGGAUCAAAACAUUUCAAAUCAGUUAUUAUUCAACAUAAAUGAAUGUGGUUUGGGCUUUGGAAAGGAAACGAGAUCAUGCAAAAGCUGAAGAACCGGGACAUGAGGAUAGCUGUGAUGAUCAGAGUUUACAUAUGAGAGUAAAUUCCACUGGACAAUCAGGAUGAAAAGAUGGCGGCCAUACUGCUACCAGCGGGUUCUGAUGGCUUGCGCCUGUUCACUCUCGAAUCCCUGUUGGGCAUUGAGCACAGGAUUGCAGAAGAGCAGGCCAAGAACUCCAAGGAUUCCCCAGAAUCCUGUGCGAAAGCAGACCGUCCUAAAGCCCGAGCAGACCUGGAAGCUGGGAAAGUGCUUCCUCGAAUCUUCGGGGACAUUCCUGCAGGACUGGUAGGAGUCCCACUGGAAGACAUUGACCCUUUUUACUUCAACAAUCAAAAGACCUUCAUAGUGCUCAAUAAAGGGAAGGCCAUCUUCCGCUUCAAUGCCACGUCGGCCCUGUACAUAUUCAGCCCUUUUCACAUCAUCAGAAGAAUUGCUAUAAGGAUACUAGUCCAUUCGUUGUUUAGUUUGUUCAUUAUGUGCACAAUUUUAACCAACUGUUUCUUUAUGGCCAUGUCCGACCCUGCGCAUUGGACCAAGUAUCUGGAAUAUACAUUCACUGGCAUUUACACGUUUGAGUCGCUCAUUAAGAUCUUGGCGAGAGGAUUCUGUAUCGGACCUUUCACAUUCCUUAGAGACCCAUGGAACUGGUUGGACUUCAGCGUCAUCGUUAUGGCAUAUGUGACAGAGUUUGUGGAUCUUGGCAAUGUCUCAGCAUUACGAACAUUCCGAGUCCUGAGAGCCUUGAAAACCAUAUCCGUCAUCCCAGGUCUGAAGACCAUUGUGGGAGCUCUGAUCCAGUCAGUAAAGAAGCUAGCAGACGUGAUGAUCCUGACUGUGUUCUGCCUUAGUGUCUUUGCUCUGAUCGGUCUUCAGCUCUUCAUGGGUGUCUUACGGCAGAAAUGUAUCCGCAGCACUGCUCACUGUGUCAAUUCCACCUAUCCAGGAAAUGGCAGCUUUUUCUGUAACAACAAGACCUGGCACUCCAUAAAGGACUUUGUUAGCAGUGAAGAAAACUUCUACAUAAUUGAAGGAGCCAAGGACGCAUUAAUAUGUGGAUAUAGCAGUGAUGCUGGAAAGUGUCCAGAUGGGUUUGAGUGUUUGAAGAUGGGUAGAAACCCAAACUAUGGCUACACAAGUUUUGACAGUUUUGGCUGGGCCUUCCUAGCACUCUUUAGACUAAUGACACAAGACUACUGGGAAAACCUCUACCACCAGACUCUACGUUCAGCUGGUAAAACCUACAUGAUCUUCUUUGUGCUGGUGAUCUUCCUGGGCUCAUUCUACCUGGUAAACCUGAUUCUGGCUGUGGUGGCCAUGGCAUAUGAGGAACAGAACCAGGCCACCAUUGCCGAGGCUUGGCAAAAAGAGAGAGAGUUCCAGCUGGCCAUGGAACAGCUUCGCAGAGAGCAGAAGGCAUUAGGAAAACAAAGCAAGGAACCUGAACUGAGUCCAUUUCAAGAGAUCUCUCCAUCACCGUUUAGUCGCAAGGGGUCCAGAGAUCAUCGAUCCAGAUCCUUCAGAACCAUGUCAGAGGAAGCAGAGGAUGAUACACCUGAUGAGAAGUUGGUGUACCCACUCCUAGCCACACUCUCCUCCCAUCCUUUGAGCACACGGCGGGACAGCAAUAGCAGUGUGUUCACUUUUUAUCUGCGCAAAAACUCAGAGGCUGAUGAUCACAACUGUGUCCUCUAUGAAGGACGGAGUCGGGCAGGAUCCACAGUGAUACCCUGGCACAAACGUCGCACAAGUAGCAUUAGGAGCCACUGCUCUCAAAUAGUUAAACCCAGCUUUGCCAUCAAUGGAUGGCUUGAAGUUUUGCCGGACCAGAAGAGAACUGGUGGCAUCAGCCCACACACAUCUACCUUGUUUCCAGAACACAGCAUGGAAAAGGUCAAAGAGGAGCUGACAUGUUCAGAAGACCAUGCUAAUGAAGUCAAAUCCAAAUCCAUGCAGCAAGAGCAGGUAGAAGCUUUGCCGCCCACCCGGAAGCGAGAACUCAGCUCAGUCAGUUUCUUCAGUGAUGCCAUGGAUGAAUUUGAAGAGGCCCGUCAGAAGUGCCCUCCUUGCUGGUACGUGUUUGCUAAAAAGUAUCUGAUAUGGACAUGCUCUCCAGCAUGGCUUGGUCUGAAGGAGUUAGUAAAGGUCAUGGUGAUGGAUCCUUUCCUGGACCUUGCUAUCACUAUCUGCAUUGUGCUCAACACACUCUUUAUGGCAUUGGAGCAUUACCCCAUGACUGAAGAAUUUAAUGGCAUGCUGAGUGUGGGGAACCUGGUGUUCACUGGGAUCUUCACAGCUGAGAUGGUAAUGAAGCUCAUUGCUCUGGACCCAUACUACUACUUCCAGCAAGGCUGGAACAUCUUUGAUGGGAUUAUUGUUUGCUUGAGUUUGAUGGAACUUGGUCUGUCCAAUGUUGAGGGAUUAUCUGUGCUACGUUCAUUCAGACUGCUGAGAGUCUUCAAACUGGCCAAGUCAUGGCCCACGCUCAAUACUCUAAUAAAAAUCAUCGGCAACUCUGUGGGAGCCCUGGGCAAUUUGACCCUUGUCCUAGCCAUCAUCGUCUUCAUCUUUGCUGUGGUUGGAAUGCAGCUAUUUGGAAAGAACUACCAAGAUUGUGUGUGUAAGAUCAGCACAGACUGCACUCUGCCGCGUUGGCACAUGAAGGACUUCUUCCACUCAUUUCUGAUUGUUUUCCGUGUACUGUGUGGUGAAUGGAUCGAGACUAUGUGGGACUGCAUGGAGGUGGCUGGCCAGCCACUCUGCAUCCUCGUCUUCAUGCUGGUUAUGGUCAUUGGAAACCUAGUGGUUCUGAACCUCUUCUUGGCUCUAUUGCUAAGCUCCUUCAGCUCUGAUAACCUGUCUGCUCCAGAGGAGGAUGGUGAGAUGAACAACCUACAAAUAGCCAUCGCACGUAUACACGCUGGUCUCGUCUGGAUCCUGGGAGUCAUCAAGGACCUCUUCAGUGGCAACCUGACCAAACGCUGGCACAGGGAUAAGCAAGAACGGGCAGCCAAGUGUCAUGGCACCAAUCAUGUUGACUGUAAUGGGACCGCUGGGAGAAUCAGCAGUUAUGCAGAGAAACAUGUCACCUUAGAAAGAGAGGACAGCUACAUGACUAAUCCCAGCUUAAGCAUAUGUGUUCCAAUUGCACCUGGAGAAUCUGACAUGGAGUUUCCUGAGGAAGAGGAAGAUGACACAGAGACAUCAGAAGAUGAAUUAAACAAACCAGAAGUGAUCAGCUUGUCAGAAGGAAGUACUGUGGAUCUGACGAAUCCAGGAGGAGAAGAGGAGGACGCCCAGCUAGCUGGAGACACCAUGGAGCCAGAAGAGUGUUUCCCUGAGUUCUGUAUGCGUCACUGUGAAUGGUGUGACAUCUACACGACCCAGGGUUUAGGCCUGGUUUGGUGGAGGCUGAGGAAGACCUGCUACCAAAUUGUGGAGCACAGCUGGUUUGAGACCUUCAUCAUCUUCAUGAUCCUGCUCAGCAGUGGAGCUUUGGCGUUUGAAGACAUUUAUAUCGAACAGAAGAAAGUGGUGAAAGUGGUGCUAGAAUAUGCGGACAAGGUCUUCACCUACAUCUUUGUGUUGGAGAUGCUCCUGAAAUGGAUUGCGUAUGGAUUUAAGAAGUACUUCACUAACUACUGGUGCUGGCUGGAUUUCCUGAUAGUGGAUGUAUCGUUAAUUAGCUUGGUGGCGAACUCUCUGGGCUACUCAGACUUCGGAGCUAUUAAAUCCCUGCGGACCCUGAGAGCCCUCAGACCACUAAGAGCUCUGUCCAGAUUUGAAGGAAUGCGAGUGGUGGUGAAUGCACUAAUUGGUGCCAUCCCCUCCAUCAUGAACGUACUGCUGGUAUGUCUGAUCUUCUGGCUGAUCUUCAGCAUCAUGGGUGUCAAUCUCUUUGCUGGGAAAUUUGGGAAGUGUGUCAACAGGACCGGCUACAUCCAUAACGCCUCAACUGUGAACAAUAAAUCAGAAUGUCUGGCCAUGAACAACACUCAGUUCUACUGGACCAGGGUGAAGGUUAACUUCGACAAUGUAGGGUUGGGCUACCUCUCGCUUUUGCAAGUCGCAACUUUCAAAGGCUGGAUGGAAAUCAUGUAUGCAGCAGUGGAUUCACGUGGGGUAGAAGAGCAGCCCAUUAAGGAGAUUAACCUGUACAUGUACCUUUACUUUGUCAUCUUCAUCAUCUUUGGUUCAUUCUUCACGUUAAACUUAUUUAUUGGUGUAAUUAUCGACAACUUCAAUCAGCAGAAGAGAAAGAUAGGUGGACAGGACAUCUUUAUGACUGAGGAACAGAAAAAGUAUUAUAACGCCAUGAAAAAACUGGGGUCUAAAAAGCCACAGAAGCCCAUCCCGAGGCCGACGAAUAUUCUGCAAGGAUUCUUCUUUGAUUUGGUCUCCAAGCAAGCGUUUGACAUCACAAUCAUGAUGCUCAUCAUCUUGAACAUGAUCACCAUGAUGCUGGAGACAGACGAGCAGUCUCCUCGAAUGGAGUACAUUCUCAACAAUAUCAACCUGGCUUUCAUCGUCAUCUUCAGCACUGAAUGCGUCGUGAAGAUCUUUGCUCUCCGCUGCUACUUCUUCACCGUCAGCUGGAACAUCUUUGACUUUGUAGUGGUCAUCCUGUCUAUCGUUGGAAUUGUCCUGGCUGAUAUCAUCGAGAAAUACUUUGUGUCUCCAACUUUAUUUCGGGUGAUCAGACUAGCCAGAAUAGGACGGGUCCUACGGCUCAUACGAGCAGCAAAAGGAAUAAGGACGUUACUCUUUGCCUUAAUGAUGUCACUGCCAGCCCUCUUUAACAUUGGCCUUCUGCUGUUCCUUGUCAUGUUUAUUUAUGCCAUAUUUGGAAUGGCCAACUUUGCCUAUGUGAAGAAGCAUGGUGGGAUCGAUGACAUGUUUAACUUUGAAACCUUUGGAAACAGUAUUAUAUGCCUGUUCCAGAUUACCACUUCUGCUGGCUGGAACAAUUUACUGGAUCCCAUUCUAAGCAACUCGCCAGAGGAAUGUAACCCACACAUCGUCAACACAGGUACUAAUAUAAAGGGCAACUGCGGAAACCCGUCUGUGGGAAUUACAUUUUUUGUUAGUUACAUCAUCAUCUCCUUCCUCAUAGUUGUUAACAUGUACAUUGCCAUCAUUUUGGAGAACUUCAGUGUGGCCACAGAGGAGAGCACUGAGCCUCUCACUGAGGACGACUUUGAGAUGUUCUACGAGGUAUGGGAGAAGUUUGAUGUGGAAGCAACGCAUUUCAUCGAAUACUCCAAGCUUUCCAGUUUUGCAGACGCACUUUCCGAGCCCCUGCGGAUUGCCAAACCCAACAAGCUCAAGCUGAUUUCGAUGGAUCUACCCAUGGUGAGUGGAGACAAGAUCCACUGCUUGGACAUCCUGUUUGCCUUCACCAAACGUGUACUGGGUGAGUCGGGUGAGAUGGAUGCCCUCAAGCAACAGAUGGAGGAGAAGUUUAUGAUAUCCAACCCUUCCAAGACCUCCUACGAACCCAUUACCACCACUCUCCGGCGCAAGCAGGAGGAGGUCUCGGCCACCACGAUCCAGCGGGCGUACAGGAGGCGCCUAGUCAAACAGCAGAGAAAGAAUCCUUCCUAUAUGUACCAACAAAUCAACCAAGAGGCAUCAGUGGAUGCUCAGAAAAAGCAGGGGCUCAUUGGACAUAUGAUUAAAGAGCAUUAUGACCCUGAGGAGGAGCUGGUUGAGGAGUUUCAGCACUGCUCCCUUCCUUCCUAUGAAACUGUCUCUAUGGCUCCAGUUGGAUUGUUCCAGGUGCUGAUACCAGCCUCCAAGAACCUUGCAGCUUGUGAGUCUUACAGCAUUGAAGAAACCUUUGUGUAAGUACUGCUUAGUAAUUAUUUCAUGAAGAACCCGCAGAACUACAGUGGACUCCUGAGCACACAGGUACAUUUGCUGAUUCCUAUGAUGCUCCAACCAUUUAAAAGCCAUACUAUAUGUUAUAUUACUUCUUGACAGCCAGAAAUAUCAGGAUCCAUCGAGGAUAGUCUCACUCAGUGAUCACCAGCCCAGAUCUUGAGGAUCUACCAUUUGUUGAUAGACUGUGAAAGUCAGUAAGGUAGAGAUCCUGGAUAAUCUCUACUUUGUUGGAAAUAAAUUUUGUGUGAAUGGAUGGAGGUCCAGAACAUAUUUAUUAUAGACACAAUGGCUUUUUGGUAGCUAGUAUUUACCUUGCAAUAAGAUCAUUCAUACAUGUUCAACUUUUUCCCCUCUCAUAUUUUUCAGCAAUGAUCUGAAAUGUUUUUCUAGAAUUUUUCAAGAUGUAUGUCCCAACACUGCAAAAUGUAACUAUUUAUAUUUUUACAUCAAGUCUAUAGGAUAAGGUUGUGACCAUGAACACAUUCUGAUUUCUUAACUGAUGUAAAUAGAAUUAAAACCAGGGCGAAUGUAGUGUUUAAAUGUGCAUAAAAGACCAUUUUACUCUAUAGAAGCAUUGCUUUGAUGCUAUUAUAGCUUGGCUUUGAGUCUGCACAAGAUAUCAGAUUGAUUUUAGGGCUAUUUUUACGAUGAGAUCUGCAAUAUGUGCCUGCUGACGGAUGUUGUGUCUGUAAACUUGACUCAUCUUGGGGGCUUCAGGAGCCGUAUUAACAGCUCUGAGGGAAUUAUUCUGUAAUAAAGUCUCACUUGUACUUACUGUAUACACUUAAAAAU